AUUUUAGAACGUUGGUGUUCAUACCGAAAGAUGCUUUACUGCGAUACCUCGCGGUCUACAUGGAGGUUUUGCGCGAUGCCUGCGGAGAAACAAAAUAGUUUGUUUUUCCUUGCGGUCUACAUCGAUGUAGCGAUGUGGACUCGGCUCUGAUUGGUUGAAUUAGCUUACGCCACCUCAAGCGGUAGCGUAUACACGCGUUACUUCGGUGUAGUGUUUUGGCGUGUUUACUAUUUGUACUUUGCUUAAGAAAUGGAUGUUAAAAAGCACAAUUUAAUUGAAUUAGUUUUUAAUGUUCCUCCGUUGUGGGAUAAGCGGCACAAGCAACACCAUAAUAGGUAUACUCUGGCCAAGGAAUGGAAGAAGAUUGGAGCUGAACUCGAGAUGACCGUUACGGAGGUAAAAUCUCUGUGGAAAAACCUUAGACAGGAGUUCGGUAAACAGUUUAAAAAGUACCAGGGAAGGUCUGGUGAUGGAGCACCGGAGGAAGCUGCAAGUCAAUGGCCGUUCUUCCAAAAAUUACAAUUUUUAAAAGAUCAAUUUACCCCCCGGAAUUCAUCGGGAAAUUUAACACGGCCUGAAAAUACUCAAAAUACUGAAAAUACUGAAGAGGUCAGUGACAGUGACGAUGUCGAUGAGGAGCGAGAUAUCCGUCAGGAGAGUGUGGAUACUGUAUUCAGUUCACACGGUCUGGAGUCUACUUCUGAUCGACAGCCCUUUCUUCAAACGCCGACAUCUUUAUCCAGUGAGCCUCAGUCAGUCUCAAGAACUGGAUACAGAAAACCAUUAACAGCACAAGCUAUAAUUGGAAAAGAAUUGCUGUCUCUAGAAACACAGAAACUAGAGUUGGCAAAAAAAAAGAAAAAUUCAAAACGUUAA